ACUGCAUGAUGAUAUAUCAGGAAAGCGAAGGAUUCCGGAUUGAGUGUGUAAAUUUAAUAACAAUUCAGCGAUGACUCGGUUCAUGUACAUGUAUUUAUAAAGCAGCACAAAAUGAUGCCAGAUUCCACUCAGACAGGAGAGAAAAAGGCAAAGAAACGGAAAAGUGGCAAGAAAAAUGAGAAACCUGUAAAGAAGAAAAAGCUAGCUAGCAAAAAAACAAAGAAAGGCAGCCCUUCAAAUGAGGCUGAAGCCAUACUAAACAGCGACAAUGAGUAUGACUCUGAUUUAAAUCCAGAGAAAGAACUCAAACCCAUUGGUGGGUACAUUAAAAACAGAGAAGAAAUGCUGAAACAUGUGUUUAAAUGUGUAGGUGGGGAGAAGCUGCAAAGUAUGUUGCUGAUAUCCUCAAGACUAGAUUAUACUCUGGUAGACUGGACUAUAUUCUGGUACACUGAACUACAAUCUGGUAGACUGAACUAUAUUCUGAAUUGUCCAUUGGCAGAACUUAAGACUUUGUGCUUAGACCAGUUAGAAGUCAUGUCCAAGAAGCGAAUCCGAUGUGUUCUGGAUGGCCAGGAAAUGACGUCGUCUUCAGGAACAGAUGAUUCGUCGUCAGAGGAUGAACAUAAAUGUAAGGUUGAAGGUGAAGGAGUCAAGAAAUCAAAAUCUGAAAAAGAUAAAGAUGGAGGUAAUGUAAUGGAUGAUAGUGAGUUUAAAUCAGAAGAGGCAGUUGUUAAGGGGGAGAGUUUUGUCAGUUGUCAUAGUGAUAGUGAUCCAAAUGAUGGCAGAGAUGACGGUAUAGUGGAUUCAACAACGGAUCAAAGAGAACAACUGAAUGAAAAGGAUGAUGUUCUGGAAAUGGCUCUGAGUUUGUCCCCACAGCACUCUGGGGAAUCAGAUAGUCUUUUUAAUGAUGAUGUGGAUGAGGAGGAUAGGGCUAGUAUCCAUGGUGAUAGUAACCAGGAAGUGAUGGAUGAACAAAUUGUGUGCAACCUGAAAGGUGAGAAUAUAGAUGAAAAAUGCCCAGAGGUUGGGGCUGUCGUGGAUUUAGAUGCACCAAGUGAUUUGGAAAGCAUUCAAUUGAAUGUUCCAGCAAGAGGAGAUAAAGGCACACAUGAGAAUAGAGUAACAGGAUCCGGAGUGAAUAAGCAGCCAAUUGUACACAGUAAGCUGGAGAUAUUAGAAUUGGAAAUGAGAGCAAGGGCAAUAAGAUCAUUAAUGAAAGCCAAUGAAAAGAGGGAAACUGUUCUGAAGCAAAUCAAACUACAAAGAUCACAGACGAACAUUUUAUAAUUAUUAUAGUCUCAUGACCAUGAACCUCAGUGUGUGAGAGGUAUCAUUGUCUAUUGGAUUACUUGCACAGCAUCAUACUGUAAUAUUCAAUAAGGUAAGAAAAUUGUUUGUGUAGGUACCCAAUGCCAAAACACAGAAAACAA